AUGUCUCUUGAAGAUAUGUUGAAAUCUUUAAAUUCUAGUACAAUGCAAUUUCAACAAGAGACAAAAAUCUCAAUUAAGAAUUUGCAGACACAAGUGAGUCAAUUGGCCAACAUGGUGGGUAAAUUGGAGGCUCAAGGAUCGAAAAACUUCCUUCUCAAGCAAUCAACCCGAGAAAAAAUGCUAUUGCCGUUUGCAAAGUCCAAAAGGGGUGAACAUGAGAAGGAAAUAUUGGAGACUUUUCGCAAGAUUCAAGUGAACAUACCACUUUUGGAUGCCAUUUAUCAAGUGCCACGUUAUGCAAAGUUGCUCAAGGAAUUGUGCACUAACAAGCAUAUAUUGAAAGAUAAUAAAGUGGUAAGCGUAGGAGAAAAUGUCUUGAUAGAAUUGCAAAAGAAACUUCUACCAAAAUGUAAGGAUCCAGGAAGUUUUACCAUUCCUUGCAUUAUUGGUAACACUGGGUUUGAAAAAGCAAUGCUACAUUUAGGAGCAUCUAUUAAUGUCAUGCCAUAUUCUAUUUAUGCUUUUUUAAAUUUGGGAUCACUUAAGGAAACCGGUGUUAUUAUUCAACUUGCUGAUAGAUCUAAUGCAUUUCCAAAUGGUGUGUUAGGGGAUGUUUUGGUACAGGUAAAUCAAUUGAUUUUUCGAGCAGAUUUCUAUGUUCUUGACAUGCAAGAUAAAUCAACAUCUCUGUCGCCACCAUUGCUCUUGGAAAGAUCAUUUAUGAGGAUUGUGCGUACAAAGAUAGAUGUACAUAACGGUAUUUUGACAACGACAUUUGAUGGUGAGACUAUUCGCUUCAAUAUCUUUGAAACAAUGAGGUAUUCUAGUGAUGUUCAUGCUUGUUUUCCAAUAGAUAUAAUGGAUUCAUUAAGGCAAAAAAUUUCAAAUUAUCAAAUGAAGAUGCAUUGGACACCACUUUGA